AGCCACUUUUCAGGGCGUUGCCACUCUCGACAGCUGUCACAUUCAGAAGCAGCGUUUCUUACACAAACUGCAGAAACACGGGCUUAUUCAAACAGCUAGACAAAUGAAUCUCGUACAUUUCCGACCAGAGGUAGUCCUCUAAGUAGGAGUGCUCAUAGUCCCCAGCUAUCAACUGAAUAUUCUCACCCCAUCCCAUCAUCAUCAUCAUCAUCAUCAUGGAGACCCUCAACAACUACGUGCUGAUCCACGGGAAGAACAUAUCCCACAAUACCCUGGCAGGCUCUGCUGUGGUGCCCCACAUGUCCAUCGACAAGCUUUUCCCGGCUCUCCUUGAGUGCUUUGGGAUCAUAUUGUGUGGCUACAUAGCUGGCAGGGCAGAUAUCAUCACAGAGAGCCAGGCGAAGGGUUUGGGGAACUUUGUGUCUAAGUUUGCUCUUCCAGCUCUGCUCUUUAAAAACAUGGUGCUGCUGGACUUUGGAGACGUCAUCUGGUCGUUUCUCUGGAGUGUCCUGAUCGCUAAGGUGACAGUAUUUGUGCUGGUAUGUGUGCUGACUCUGAUAGUGGCCAGUCCAGACAACAGAUAUAGCAAAGCUGGCCUUUACGCUAUCUUUGCUACUCAGAGCAAUGACUUCGCCUUAGGGUAUCCUAUAGUUGAUGCUUUGUAUCGGAGCACAUAUCCCGAGUACCUCCAGUACAUCUAUCUAGUUGCCCCGGUCUCCCUCAUGCUCCUCAAUCCCAUCGGCUUCGCUCUUUGUGAGGUGCAAAAAUGGAGGCAGGCAAGCCAUUCACAGCACAGCACUUUUGCCAUCGUGGGAGUUGUAGUCCUACAGGUGUUGAAGAACCCAGUAGUAUUUGUGGUAAUAAUAGGAAUCAUCGCCCACUUUGCCUUGGGCCAACAGAUCCCUGCUGUGCUAUCAGAGUUCAUUGAUGGCCUGGCUAACUCUUUUGGAGGGGCUGCCUUGUUUUACCUCGGCCUCACUAUGGUCGGCCAGCUUAGAAAACUAACGAGAGACACUGGAGUUGCCUUGAUUCUCCUCAUCACAGCUAAACUCCUGGUGAUGCCGCUGGUCUGUAAAGACAUGGUGGAUAUUCUGGAUGUAGGAGUGAACAGUACAAGUGCCAACCACACUAGUUUAUCUAACUUUGCUUUCCUAUAUGGAGUGUUCCCAACCGCACCUAGUGUGGCCAUCUAUGCUGGACACUACAACAUGGAGCUUGAGGUGGUAACAUCAGGGAUGGUAAUCAGUACGUUUCUGUCUGCACCGAUCAUGUAUGUGUCGGCCUGGCUAUUAACAAUCCCUCUAAUGGACCCGACCCCCCUGGUUACAGAACUUGAAAACGUUAGCUUCAACAUCAGCAUUGUCAGCCUUGUAGCACUGGUGUGGACAAUAGUGGUGAUGUUGCUAAGCAAGAAAUUUAACAGACUUCCUCACUUCUUUGCCUUAAAUCUUUUCCUGGCUCAGUUUUUGGUGUGUGUCAGUAUGAUCCUGUGGAAUAUCUUGGUGAAACAAGAGGAUAAUCUGAUUGGCAAAAUUCUCACCUUCACUCUCCUCUAUGGGUCUCUAUAUAGCACCUACAUUUGGACAGGUUUAAUCCCUCUGUGUGUGGCUCUGACUAACAAAGAUGAUCUGUUAAGACUCCGACCAGGGGUAUUCAUGAUUUUGGGUUGGGGGGUUCCCUUCCUGAUGAUCGGCGGUCUUCUGAUAUCAGGAGAGAGGACAGAUACCAUAGACUCGGCCUUCUUCUAUGGCAGAGCUCAGAUAAUCUGCACAGCGGUUGUGCUUGCUGUCAGCCUGGUGCUUGGUGCAAUAUCUCUGAUGGGUCUCAGCCAGGGAAACCGGGAGCAGAGAGGCUAUCAGGCCCUGAACAGAGCUGCUGUAACAAGCACCAAUGAUGAGCUGAGUACCUCUGGUGGCCUGGAGGAUUCACAACAACAUCAACAACAGCAGCCACAGAUGGCAAAUUCACCUGCCUUCAGCAUCAACUCAGACCUCCACAGUUUCUCUCCUGUCCAGACCUUACCUGACAUGAUAGCCAGCACGCAGAGGGAGCACACAAACGGCACAGGCCACAGUGGGGCACUGUGUGACGGGCAGCUGCAGUGUUCUUCCUCCUCUGAGCAGCCACUGAAUCUGCUGCCACCUGGGCUUCAAACCACAGAUGAGAAACAGACAGUCAGACAUGUUCUCCUCUGUCUGCUGCUCAUUGUCAGCCUGCUAGCAAACCUGUCCAGCUGUCUGUGGUGGUUGUUGAACAAAGAUCCAGGAAGACUUUAUCUUGAACUACAGUUCUUCUGUGCCGUGGCAAAUUAUGGACAGGGUUUCCUGUCCUUUGGGAUCUUUGGUCUGGACAGACACCUCAUCAUCCUGCCUUUCAAAAAGAGGUUGCUCGGGCUGUGGCAGGGCAGGGGAGAAGAUUUGAGUCCCUCAGGUGUACCAGAGGAGGUCAGACUUACCUGUACCCAGUUUGUCCGCUACCACAAAGACCAGUGUGUGCAAGAUAUAGUACACACACACAGGUUUGGAGAAGGGGGACUGACGGAGGAGGCUUUGAGUCAUUCCCCCUCCCAUCAGCCCCAGUACCUACACCUGCAUCAGGAUCCUCAGGAGCAACUAAACCACAAGACGCAGAAUCUGCACCAGAGUCAACAAACUCAGGAUCCAGCUGAAUCCUGUAGCCAAUAUUCACCUCCAUCCCGCCCCCGGCUUCAGCCUGAGAAUGAAGACCUAGUAGACCUUUCAAACUCUAAUAUCCCAGAGGAGCAGAUUUUCCAGCUCCAGUCUAACCAAGCUCACAACCCAGCUAAUCCUCACCACCAACACCAGCAUGAUCUUGAUUCGAGCCCACCCCAUCAACAUCCCCAGUCCCGUUUUGAAAGUGUGUUUCGGGGCAGUGACUUGGUGGACUGGCUGGUUGAGCGGGGCCUGUGCGCUGGCCGAGCCGAAGCCCAACUCUAUGGCAUUAGACUUCAGCGGGGAGGAGUGUUGGAUCACCUGACAGGUCAGCACAGUUUUAGGGAUAGACCCACCCUGCUGUACCACUUCACACAGGGGGGAGAGAGGGGGAGAGGAGAGAGAUGGUCCCAGAGCAUGUGAGAGGAAGAGAUGAGAAAGGAGGUGGAGGGAGCAAGGUAGGGGGGAGAAGGGGAAGGGGAUAAAGACGAGACUGAAAAGGAGGAGGUAUCCAGCGGCAACCACCAAACGGAAGUGCCUUACGGUUCAGUUUUCUAAACAACUACUAGAUACUGAUCUGGAAAGGCUAAUCAUAUUGAAGUCAAUAAAACUGGCUGCAGCUUCUCUAAAAAGUUUUAUCUCCUCUAUUGCUAAUUUCACCUCUUGUAAAGUGUAUCAUUGGCAAUUUUGACUGGUGUCUUAGGCUAUUCAUGAUGGUUGCCGCUUGCAUGUCCAAGGGGUUGUGGAGACAGUUAAACAAUAAGAGGAGAAAGGGGGAAAAAAACAAGCGCUUCGUGCAGAUACUUCACCUCUCCUGGCUCCUUGCCAAGUCUUCUUGACUUCUUUUGUUCCCCUCCACUGCUCUGAACUGAGCUGACAUAGACCAUAUCUUGAUUUUAGUCACCUUGACCAUGUGAAAAGUAAUUUUUCAUCUUCUUUUGUUCUGGAUUUUCUGUGAGCCGGUGAACUUCUUAACGAAGAUUCACAUUUAUAAGUGAGGGACAAAUACACUUUGUUUUAAGGACAAGUUGGCAUUCAUCAGCCAAUGGCGUUCUUGCCUGCUCGUUCGGGUUUGUUUUCUUUCAAAUCACAAGAAAUCAUCAUGACUCUGCCUGUUAUUUCAGUAUUUGAUAUUUUGCACGUUGUGUCUUUUAACCAUUCUGGUCUAUGUUGACUACUUGCAUGAUUCAGAGCAGUACAGACUUCUGCUCAGCACUGAACCUUUUGCACUGACUGUAUAAUAACAAUCUUCAUAUUUUUUUAAUUAUGCAACUCACUGGAUACUUUUGUAGUGAUGAUGCUGCAGAAGAUGUUUGUUAUCCUUGCAUUGUGUCAUUGUGUUGCCAUUGUCAAUAUGAAACAUUUGUUUGGGACUGAUUGUGGUCUCGUCACUAAAUUGGAUUUAUUCAGCCAAUGUCGAAAGUUAGGAGAUGCCUUUUCAGCCAAAUCUGGAGAACUGAUCUUGAAUAAUUUUUUUUGCUAGUUUUUGUGUGACUGAUCCCAAAUAAACUCCUAAUUUUGCUUCGUAAAACAUCAAGAACACAAAAGUUUGUAGUAAUGUGAAAAAUUCACCUGGGCCCUUUCUCUAAAACACAUCUGUCUUUUUUUAUUUUAUCUUCUUACAUUUUCACUGAGUCCUAAACUAGCUUAUAUUGUACACAAAAUUGACUUGGAUAAAGUUUAUGAGUAUGUAACCACUACUGAACUGUUUAACGUUUGACUCCCACUGAGCGACUGGAAGCACUAACUAAACUACAAGUGUUUGCCUGUUAAGUUGCUGCUGAUUUGUGAUAUUGUUACUAUGAAGUUUACAGUGUGUUGGCAGGGCUGUAGUAGAUGGAUGGAUGGUGAUAUAUGCACAUAUUACAAGCGGAGACAAAAACCACAAUUAAUCUUACACAGAUGCUGUGAUUUGAUCAUUUUGUUAGCUUGUUAUUAGUGAGAGGGUGGCGAGGUCGAGGUUGUUCUCGGAGCAAAAUGUUCAAGCAUUUGGUGACCUCCGUACUAACCUCCCACCAACUAUGUGCAUAUAUGUCUGUCCUUUUGUCUUCUGCAAACUGACACCAAACCGAAGUUCAUGCGAUUCACAUCAGGUCCUUGUGUUUACUGAGUUGUUCAAAUUUGAGUGCCUGCCUCUGCCAAUGUGAAGGUUGUGUAUGUGAACAAGUUUGUGUUUGUGUGUGUGUGUGUGUCAUAAAGUACUGACGGAGAACAAGACAAACUUUAAUAAAGGUGUGACUGUGUUGUUGGUUGACAAGA